UCAGGUCAAAUGUCGUCACAUGCAGUCUUUUGUUGGAGAUGCCGAAGCGUAUACCACCCACCGCAAGAUUGUCCUUUGUCAGACAAAGUAUGUCGCACCUGCAAUCGUAAAGGUCAUAUUGCUCGUGCAUGCACCGAUCGGCUGCAAAGCAGACCGACAAAACGCAUGGGAGAGGAAGCGAACGAUAAUCCCCCGCGAAAAAUAGCCGCACUUUCGAAGCUUGAAGAUGAAAAUCCGGAGACGCCACAGGUACAGGAUUCUAAUAUUGAUGAAUGAAUACACAUAUCACACUUAGCUUACAUCUGUAUGAUACCACAAUUUUGAAUUUAAAUAAAUAUAACACUCGUUCGUUGCAAUGUUUUUGAUAUUCUUAAAUGCAAUCUAGCAACUAUUCUGUGUGGUUCAUUAAUAAGCUUGCUAUUGGUUUACAGGGUUGUCAAGAAGCGAAUAGAAGACAGUCUGAAGCUAAGCACAGUUUAAAUUCGAAGCUACUGAAAAUUGACACCAAUAGUAUAAAAUCAAGUACGUUUGAGAUAGAUAAGGUAGGACAGUCUUCCAACGUAGUACCAACUGAAAAAGAUGCGCUGAUUAGAGCUAAGGUUGCAAAUGUGGAAAUUUUUUUCUUUAUCGACUCCGGUGCGCAAGUGAAUACUGUCACGAAGAAUUCUUUCAAUGAUAUUCUGUCAAGCUCUAAGGAAAUAUAUGAUCUACGAUAUUCGGCCGACAAACCUCUGCGAGCAUACGCUUCAAGCGACGAAAUAAAAGUUAUUGCAACCUUCAGUGCCAAUCUGUAUAUUUCAGAGGACCGGCCGUCAAUGUUUGAGAAGUUUUACGUUGUGGAUGAAGUCAGAUCGCUACUAGGUUUCAAUACCGCUUCGAGGUACAGUGUGCUAGCUGUUGGACUUAACGUUCCAAUUAUGGAUGCGGAAGAGGUCUCAUGGCCAUGUGAACUAGCUAACCCUCGUAUUCUUUUGUUGUCAACCAAAAAGUUCCCUACGUUCAAUAUAGCUCCUGUCAGUCUAAGCUAUAACAAAGAUAUCGCUCCAGCUCGGAAUGUAUUCACAUACAUUCCUCCGGCGUACAAAGAUAAAACGAAGCAAAUGCUGCAAGAGCUUCUAUCUGCCGGAAUCAUCGAGAAGGUAACAGAUUCAAUGGAUAGAUCCUUCUGUUCAUCUUUACUGGUUGUUCCAAAGGGGAAGGACGAUAUUCGUUUAGUGAUUGACUUACGAGGCCCUAACAAGUGUAUAUUCAGAACGCCAUUUAAAAUGCCAACUUUUGAAUCAAUCCUAAUGGACCUUCAUGGUGCCAAAUAUUUCUCGACAAUCGACCUCUCAAGCGCUUUUCAUCAUGUACCACUAGAUGAAGGUUCUCGUCAUUUGACAAACUUUUUCUCUGGAGAUACAAUGUACCGGUAUUGUCGCCUUCCUUUCGGGUUAUGUAACGCUCCGGAUAUCUUCCAAGAGAUAAUGCAAACAGGUAUCCUAGCUGGCUGUGAAGGAACUGUUAAUUAUUUAGACGAUGUGCUUGUGUUCGGCGCUACUCAAGAAGAACAUGAUGCGAAUCUGAAAGAAGUGAUGCGUCGAUUUGAGAACCAUAACGUCGAGAUUAAUCAGAAGAAAUGUAGGAUUUCAAAAUCUUCGGUGGAUUUUUUGGGUUUCACGUUGUCUGAAGAUGGGUGGAGCAUAGAGUCCGAAAAAAUAAAACUAAAAAUCUAA